UUGUAAUUGAGGCCCACGACUUUCAUCGUCUUCGUCAUAUGAACAGAACCCGUCGUCUAUCUAUCUACGCUUCUUGUUUCCGCCAUUUCCUCUUCAUUAGGCCGCAGGUAUGUUUCUUACGAAGAGGUGUUUUGCAAUUUUUCACAAAUUAUGCAGUAGCUACAGUGCUACCCCAUAUUUGAGUAGCAGCUGUUCAAAAUGGGGGAUUUGAGAUGCGUUAUGAUUGAGGCUGUUUUUAACUGGACUCGAGACUAAAAUUUAAUACCAAUCCCUAAGUGUUAUGUCUUUGGGAAACAUUAUUUUGAGCAGAAUUUUUCAUUAGCUGAUAUCCCCGCUGGGAUUGAUUUUUUAUAUUUUUCUUUGAUGUUAAGACCCUUUUUUGCAUUUCUCACUUAUUAUUUGGAGGGUAAGCAUAUUACGAAGUGAGUUGGGUUUUGUUGAGCAAGCUUUGUUGAUUGAUAGUGAAAACAUUGAGCUAGUCAAAUCUUUCACAAGACGUUUCUAUGACCAUAGAGACUUGUUCAAAGUGAUGUCUCUACAUAUACUACACUUGGACAGCAAUCCCGAUCACCGGUAUUUCAAGAAACUCCCUAAAUCUCUCUCCAAAAAUGAAACCAGAUUUCUUCAAAUAUCUCCCAUCAGAAAUCAGCACAAACAUCCUUUCCAGACUCCCUCUUCGAACCAUCGCCAUAAGCAAGUGUGUCUGCAAACCAUGGCUCCGUCUCCUAACAACAGAUGACUUCAUCAAAUCCCAUCUCGCUAAAUCCGACCCCUGCCUAGCUCUCUCCACGCCAGAAGAACACUCAACCUCACUCGCAGUCUACCAACUCAACGACCAUCAAAAUCUCAAUCACCACGAUCUUCAUUACAAUCCACUCACCAAGUUUGAUUUCCCUCACACCUCAACUAUAAUAUGCUCCGCCAACGGCCUUCUUUUUCUACGGGGUUCCGGUGAAACUCAUUAUGUAUGCAAUCCAAUCACCCGUCAACACACCGAGCUCCAUUGCCCUCAAGAAAUAAUCAAACCAUAUCGAAAGAUAGUAAACUAUCCCGAGAUUCUUGGGGAUUCUCGCUACGCUUAUCCACAUUUUGUCAGUUAUGGAUUUGGCGUGAGCAAAGUAAGUGACCAAUAUAAAGUGGUUCGGAUUUACCUCGACUCCGUCAUAGUUCAUGGAAACAAUGGAAGCUUCUCAGGUAGAAGGGUGAUACCUAAAGCUGAUUGCCACGUCCACACUCUAGGAACAGGGCAGUGGAGGCGGGUGGAGCCUGGUCCCCUCCUUCUCGAGUACACUUAUCGCUCCACAUGCGUGUUCCUUAACGGUAAUCUUCACUGGGUAGCAUCGGACAGCGAUGAGAAAUUGUGGAUUUCCUGCUUUGAUCUUGAAACGGAGAGCUUCAGCUACUUGUCGAUUCCUCCCAUUUUUCAAGAGAGCUUUGAGCUCGUGCCGGGUUUGUCUACUUUGGGGGAGUGCCUGUGUUUGUGUGAUCAGACUAUGGAAGAGGAGACUGUGAUUUGGGUGAUGAAGGAGUAUGGUGUCGAGGAAUCUUGGACGAAAGAGUAUACGAUGAGGUUGAACGACGGAGAUGAAAUUUAUGUUGAAGGGUGGGAGCUUGUUUACCCAAUCAAAGUUUUUGAAGAUGGUGAUAUUUUGAUGUUGGUCAAAGACACCCAACUCUUGUACUACUCCGCCAAGAAUGAGACGGUUGGACAGGUUGGAAUCGUUGGUGCAGCUUCUGGCUCCAUUCUUUUCACUCCCACUUUUCUCUCACUCAAAAGUUUGGGAGUGGAGAGUGUUGUUGAAGAGGUCAGGAAUGAGUUGGAAGAGUCUAUGGGGAACCAGGAGACGGAACCUGUGCUGAAUUACGACAAGGCGAGUCCAACGCCUUCGUCGUCGGUCAGGAAAAGAAGGUCCUCGCGCCGAACACGGCCACGGACCAAGUACGGAACACCGUGAAGCAGAGGGUUUGGUGGUCCGAUGAUGAGGAGGAGGAAGAUGGUUUAAGGUAGUGUAUUAGGAUAAUUUAUCGCUUGCUUUUAAAUGGUACUAUAUUAAUGUAGAAUUAUGACAAUUUUCCACCGUAAUUUUACUGAUUUUUGACA